ACUCUGAACCUGAGGCUAUGCAGGUAGAUCUAAUAAGAGGGCCAUUAUCCAAUGAAGAAAAACAGUGGCGACGCACUCACAACUUAUGCCUGUAUUGUGGUAGUGCAGGGCAUUAUGCCAUCAAUUGCCCUAACAAGUCUAAAAGAACAAUAGCUAUGACUGCUGAGGGUGCACAGAUUCAACACCAAUCCCAGAUUUCAGACCAACUGGAUUCU